AACAACCCUAAACAUAGCCAUAGGCUUAAGUUUUAACCCAUUUGGCAUUUCUUUAGGCUAAUUAGAUCUAGUAAUUAUUAAAAAAUAGAAUAGAUGGUAUUAGAUCUAGAUCUAGCCAUCAAAAAACUAAUGGGUCCUACGUAAAAUUACAGCUUCUGAGGUUGGGCAUAAAAAAAUAUUAAAAUAAGGCUUUCGCAGCAUGUGUGAACAAUGUGUGAGGGAAGAAUUCCCAGAUAGAGACUCGCUGUGUGUUGACCAGGGCUCCUAUAUGAUAAACUUUUUCAAAUGUUGUCAGUGUCAUGCACAAGAGAUAAAAAACAUCAACAGAAACUGCACUGAAACAAAAAAUGAAGAAGUAAUCACAUAUCAACAUGUUUGCAGCAAUUGUACUCACGUCAUAGCUGAACAUGAACACAUAUUUAGAGUGGAGGGAGAAUUUCAGGUGUACGAGAUGUCCUGCCUGCUCUGUGGCUCAGCUGACGACCAACGCAGCAUUAUGCCAGUUGACCCCAGAGGGCCAGUCAUGUGACAGGAUCCAGAAGUUGUCGGCCCAUGUGACUGGUCAUGUGACUGGUCAUGUGACUGGAGUGAGCCAGUGGUAAAGAUCAGGCUAAGCUGGUAGAAGGAACCAUAUUGUAUUGCUGUAGACUUGUCUUGGUUGGGUGUGUUUGCUACACUCAUUCAUUGCUGAUGUGUGUGGUACACAAGUGUGUGUGUGGUACACAUGUCUGUGGUAUACAAGUGUGUGUGUGUGUGGUACACAAUUGUGUGUGUGUGGUACCCAAGUGUGUGUAGCAAAGUUAACUGCUGGAAUGCAGCCUACUAUGUAAUGAAUGUUUAAAAGCCUUGCUUUAAAUGAUUUAAUUUUUGUAAAAAUAUUAUUAAUUAAAGAAUUUCUUAAAAAUC